AGUCUACCGACACAAUGGCAACUUUCUGGCAUGACGCUUCGCUGUUUAGCUCCAGCCGCAUCAAAGAGGAGCUGGACAAGUUCAAUGUCAAGUACAACGCUUCGCACAUGAAGGCGGACCUUGUGGACCUUUACAACACCCAGGUCAAGCCCCUGCAGAACAACCAGGAGGCCCUCAAGGCCGUCCUCGGCAACGGUACGCCAAAGGCGCGCCGCGGACGCCCCACCAAGGCUGCUGCUGCUGCCGCUGCCGCCCCGAAGACCAACUUUGUCUCGGAUAUGAGCAACGCUGAUCUGCGCUCAGCCCUGCUGGCCCUUGGCGAGGAUAUUCCCACCGCAGGCGCUGCUCGCAAGCAUGCCGAGAACCGCUACGUGGCUCUGCUUGAACAGGCCAACCAGCUUGAUGAGUCACAGGAUGCGGCAGCCCCGGCUGCCCUGCCCAAGCGCGCCACUCGCAGCAGCCGCCGCAAUACCACCUCGGCCUUCAAGUCGAAGAACUCGCCCUCGCCAGCUCCCGCUGCGGCCCCCGCUAACGAGGCCCUGUUCUCUGAGGAUGACAUGGACACGGAUGUGUACGAAGUCGAGACGACUGUUGUGACCCGCAAGGUUCAGCGUCGCCGCAAUGCCCAGCAAACAGCCUCAGACGAGGCCAUCGAAUCAGAGGUUGUUGCCGUGCCCGCCACUCCUGUCGAGGCGGAUGAGUCCCACAGCUCUACCACCAUCCUCUCCCAGGCCUUCUGCCUACUCGCCUUCCUGGUCCUCAUUGCCGUCAUCUUUGCGGCCCUGACCGAUGGCUAUGGCGAAAACUUUGUCAAGAGCAUCGACAAUGCCCGCAGCACCAAGUAUCUCAUUGGCUUUCACGAGUCGGAGAACUAAGAUGUCACAUUUAGCCCCUCCAUAAGCCAGUUCUGAUAGCGGAGUGCACAUGAUGCGAGCUCGGGGAAUGAGUGGGCUAUGACGCACCUCGUUGGACGUUAAGCCCGCACAUCCUGUCUUUUUGGUUGUUUUUGUUUUUCUCUCCUCCCCUUUUCUUCUUCUUUUCCUUUUUAUUUUUUGUCUUCUUCUUCUUGGCAAACUGCGGCGUCUUAGUAUGCCAUGUGUCUUGUCAGUGUUUGGGGGUGUGCGGUCUUGCCUUGAAAGCGGCGAAGAGUGAGCCAUAGGUCUCUUUCUGAGAGAGUGCGUUGUGAAUGUGUGUAGAGUGCAAUGUAGUGUAAAAUUCUUUUUGGGUGCCCGUGGCUCCUCGGCUCGCCCGUCAAGUCUAGUCUGCUUUGGUUUGGUGAUGGCUUUUGGGGUUGAUUCCUUAGCGCCAACCAUAGAUGAAAUUGACGUUUACU